ACGACAUCCUUAUGUCAACGCAAACAAAACUAUGUCAAAAUUAAUUCUAAAUUUCGUGUAAAAACAACAACAAAAUCACACAACAAUUUAUGUGCAGCAAUCCAUGUGCUCCUUUUAUUUGUGUUUACUAUAAAGAAACGUCGUGAUGGCUGAAAAGUCUAGUGAUUCAAGUCCAAGCGAUGCAGCCAGUACUCCGAGGCAUGAUGACAAACAGGACGGCAACUGGUGGGACACCUGGAUCUCUUCGGCUAAGUCCAAGUCAGCAGAAGUGUACACGAUGGUGAAAAAAGACUUGGCAGAGAUCGGCCAUGUCAUAACUAUGAAGUUGGAUGCGCCAGAAUCACCAGCGAACGCCAUGAAGAAAAGCCUUAGCAGUUUCAUUGGACAAGUGAGCACUGUGCUGAACCCUGAGCCGGAUGAUGAGGACGAUACUGAGGUCAUCCUGUCUUCGGGAGACACCACCAUGCUGUCUACUUACAAGAAAGAACUAGAAGCUCUCCAACGCGUGGACGCGACAUUCAUAGUGCCGGCCUACAGCCCGGAGUUCGAGGCAUGGCGCGCGAGCCUCGAGAGCACCGAGGCCGGCCUCAUCAGCCUCUCGGCUGCUGCGAGGCGCCUCGACGCCAGCCCCACGCUCAAGGCGCAGUACGACAAGCUCGUGCCCGACGCCGUGUCGCAUGACGACUUCUGGGAACGCUACCUAUUCCGCGUGGCGCUGCUACAGGACCGGCUGGCGGCGGCGGCGCGCAAGCAGCCGCGGCCCGAGCCCUCCGCAGACCCCGUGCUCGCGCAUCUGCCGCCCAUCACACCCAUCGACCAGAGUCCUAAAAAGGUCCUUUCAGGGUUGGAAGACGAGAAGCCGUUCGAAGCUCCCGAACUGGACAACGUCGUCGCUUGGGAAGACGAAGACUUCGCGCACGACGUGGAACUUACAGAGGAACAACAAACACUUCUCCUAGAAGAAUACGAGAGAGAAAUAGCCGACAAGAAACUCACCAAACAAACCUCCUCCCGCGACAUAGCCAACAACAACAUAGACAAAACAACGAACACAGACAAUAAAAAAACAAAAACAGCACAAACCAGAGACAAGAUGAACAACAAGACUAAAAACAAAAAUGGCAGGUCGCCCAAAAAGGCGGGAAAGUCUGACGUUUGUUUAAACAAUAUGGUCGAAGAUUAUUUCGGUGAUAAAAAGGUCAAGGAUGAUGCUAGCGCUAAUUCCGAUGAAAGCUGGGAAAAGGAAUUUGAAAUUGAUGACGUUGUGGAGCAAAAAGCAUGAAACAAUCCGGCCAUAGAGUAAUUUAAGGAUAACAUAGUUCGGGCACAUUGUGCGGCGCGAAUGUGACGUCAUAUUUUGGAUCACACACAAAUAGCCAUAAAAUAGCCUAGUUCUAUAUUCAAACCACGCAAGCAAAACAGAUAUGCAAAACUGUACUCUAUAUCGUUAACGCACAGUUCAAAACAGAUUGGUGAAGUUAUGAAAUGUUAUGUCAAGCGAUAAAGACCUGUAUUGUCAUGUACACAAAGUUGAAUUUUGCAGUGCAGCCAUUUGUAGUUCGCACAAUGUUCCGUGCCAGCAGCAUUGAAAGCUUUUGCAGCGGCCUGGGAAUGUUCGUUGUACAUUCUGUCAAUUUGAUUAGCAAUAAUUACUUUUAUCGCUAUAGAAUAAAGUCUAUUUUCCCUCGUAUUCGUUCUAAAAGCAGCCGAAAUAUUUUUUUGCGCUUUUUUGAUGUUCUUCUGUAUUAUAUACAAACUCUUUCGUAAGUACCUUUUUAAUUUUUAGUAGAUAAUUUUAUCGAAAAUAUUUAGAGUAUGGAUUUUUAAUUAUUUCUGCUAUAUACAAACGAAUAUUACCAGACUGUCUAUUCUAUACAUAUUAAACAUGUUCAAAAAGCCUUGUUAAAUGUAAUCAAUAACAAUGUUAUAUAUUUACUAUGUAAUAACAAGUGUUCGUACUUUUAAUUCAUGCAUGAGACAUUAUCACAAGGAAUUUACAUAUAAAUAAAAAUCUAAAGAAUGGACCAAAGUAUAUCGUAGUCGACUGUAAAAUACAUAAAAGGCAGAAUUUGUUUGGACAAUUCUGGUAGUUUCUAGAAAGUUCGAUAGCUUAUGUGACAGUGUUGCAAGAAAGAAUAAAUAGAAAAAUGUGUGCGGUAUAUAGAAUGAGGUAUUUUCUUAUACAUUUUAGGGCUGAUUUUUCAAUCACCAGAUAACUUUUAUCCGAAGAAAAGUAUGACUUUUUGUCAGCUAUUGUAUAGAAAAUAUGUCAAACCGCUAAAACUCAAAAAUAAUUCAAAAAUUACCUUUAGAUAGAAGUUAACUGAUGAUUGAAAAAUCGAGCCUUAAUUUCAAGGAUUGCUUGGUCUAUUCUUUAGCUUUACACGUUAAAUUAAAAGCUAUAUUUCCAUAAACCAAAUGUCACUGGCUGAAAAAUCAUCUUGAUGUGUAACCAUAGACUAUGUAAGAAACGAAAUAACGGUUUUUUUUUUAUUGUUUCUGGCCAUACGACUGUAUUGUGACUGACCAUGAUGUAAAAUAAAUAUAUAUGUAUUAUAAUAUUAAUUAAUAAUACAUAGUGAUUAUUGUAGACAAUGGACGCUAGAUUUUUCAAUAUCUCUGAAGUUUACUAAAGUUACGUAUUCGUCAAGUUGGUACGGGCCAAACUACAAACAUUUUAACUGCAGUAAAAUUUUUAUUACAAAAUAAACCUUAUUCUUGCUCAAUAAAGGUCUAUAUUGUAGUUCUGAAAUACGAGUGAUAUUUUCGGAAAAAAGUACCUACUCAUAUUUUGGUGUUUCUCUCCUGAAAGUUUCGUCAUGAAUUUAUCUACAAACACUAUGUAUUAUUUAGUAUAAGUGCACGCGUCUCGGCCGCCCGGUCUCCCCUAUCCUAAUGCAUUUACUUUACUCUUAAACUUCACGUUUACAAAGAACGUUACCAAAAAGGUUAUACGUCCUUGUCCACCUUCUUUAGAUACUAACAUGGGUUUUAAGUGUUUAUUUCUAACGAAUUUAUUUUUUAGUCAUUCCAUACUAUGCUGCCUGAACUCGCCAGUAACAAAAUAUAUUUACGAUUGAAAAAGUUAUAAAAACUAUUUAUAUUAUUUUGCUUCGAGUUUUAGCUGGCGAGCUCACCUCUCCUACCAACGAUUUACGAAUUGCUUAAAAAUCUUGCAAGUGGUACAAUAAUAUUUGAAGUGUGAUAUCCUUCUAAAAUAGGUCUCUGAAAUAGUUGUAAGUAGAUAAUAGUAAUAAUUUUGUGCGCUGGUAACAUCCACCUAAUGAAUGGGCUGACUUGGCAAGUGACUUAGUGUUGCCAGAAAUCAGAAGAUGUAUUGAAAAUCAAAUGGUCAAUAAAAUCGCUGCCUUAUGAGCUUAUAAAUAUUUUUUCAUUAAUGGAAUAUAAGUAUUAAUACCGUCUAUAUCAAUAAAUUAAAAAUAUAAUGGAUUUGUUUUGUAAUAUUAAGCCUGUAUGGCCGCCAUUCAUCUUGUUAUAUGCCAGCUAUGUAAAAUUAUUCUAGAUUGUUCGAUAGCAUCGAUUUUGGGCAACAUUAGGCGCAAUCGAAUUUUGGUCCUUUGAUUCUUGUCAUCUCGAUUUUAAUUCCAACUUCUUUAUUAUAUUUGAACGCCUUAAAGUUUAUAAAAUUAUCCAAAUGGUCCGAUGAUAAUAAUCGAUUGUACUGGUAAAUAAUCGUUUCUGCUUGUGAUCUCCCUCCGGUGGUGUCGGAUUGCCGUCCCAUCGGGCGCAGAGAGUGAAGGAUUAGAGAGUGCACCUGGUUUUGCGCAAAUGCUUGUGCACUGUAAUAUGUUCUGCGCAACUGGCUGAUCUCCUUAUAUGAGAACAGCCACCGUAGUCGACUCUUUGCAAAAUAGGGCAAUAGUUUAUAGACAUCCAUCGGACAAUUGGAUCAUUAUUUGCAGAUAAAUAAUAUGUUGGAAAUAAAAUCUUUGACUAGAAUCAAAGCAUUCAUUAUCAAAAGUGUUUCAACAGUACUUUAAAACGUUUGGUUUAAAAAUAUUAAAAUUAAGUGCAAUAAAGUUAUCUUACAUUUAACUUGACAUUUAUUUUUAAAUAUAUUUAGGUUAACACUCUCAACUAAAUGAGUUGACUCUAGGUAUCGUUAUGUUUGUGUAAAUUAUGAUUAUUAUGAAUAUGAAUAAAAGUUAUUAAAAAUCGUA